AUGCGAGCUACACGCCCACUGUUCCAGUUCCAGCUCCGACGACCACAACGCCACAACCUCCGCACGUUCAGUUCCACGCCACUACGACUACGACCUCAAACCCGGCAAGGCCCGACUCAACCAGAGCGCCCGGUCAACUUCUACCAAGUCCACGGCCGCGCCUUUGCGAAGGUGGUGACCUUGUCGUUUCUGACGUAUCAGAUUACAUACUGGACGUGGCUGUUGUUGGAGACCGAGGCGAUCAGGGACGAGAAGGACCGGGAGAUCAAGUCGCUUGAGCAGGAGGUCAGACUGUUGGAUGAGGGGAGAAAGGGACAUAAACCGGGCGCUGGGUGA